UUUUUAUUUAUCCAUUUUGGACUGCCAAAAUUGCAUAUUCCUCGUAUAUUCUUUGUUCUUUUCUUAUCGAGAACGCUUCAAGCACGUUGUUCGCCACAUCAUGGGUCAACCCUCUUUUCAGGCGUCCAACGCCAUAGUCUACUUGACAUACGGUGCUUUCUUGAUUCUGGGCACGGCACUGGCAUGGAAAUACCGCAAGGACUCUAAAGGAGAGUUCCUCUCUGGAAACAGAACUCGGACUGCAUUCCCGAUUGCCCUGAAUUUCAUCGCCUCUGGCCUCGGCUCCGGCAUCUUAUUCUCUUACCCGCAGCUGGGCACCAUCGCCGGCGUGCAGGGCGUGGUCGUGUACGCGCUGACCUCUGCCCUCCCGCUGUUGAUCUUUGCCGCGCUGGGCCCCAUCAUCCGCAGGAAGUGUCCCGAGGGGUUUGUUCUUACCGAGUGGACACGCCAGCGGUAUGGAAUCGCCACGGCGCUGUGGCUGAGUUUCCUGACGCUCGUCACCAUGUUUCUGUACAUGGUCUCGGAGCUGUCUGCCAUCGGCCAGGCGGUGAAUGCCCUUACCGGGCUCGAUGCUCUACCCAUUCUCAUUGUGGAAUGCGUCGUCACGACGGUGUACACGUCCCUUGGUGGUUUUCGGAUCUCCUUCACAACCGACAACAUCCAAGGCACUAUGGUGAUCGGGCUCAUCAUCAUCGCGACCAUCGCCAUCGGGGCCCGUACGCACAUCGACCCGUCCCUGAUCGACUCCUCCGGGCUCACACAGGCCAACCUCUUGGGGUGGCAGCUGCUGUACAUCUUCCCCGUGGCGAUCCUGACCAACGACUUUUUCCUGUCCAACUUUUGGCUGCGCACCUUCGCCUCCAAGACGGACCGCGACCUCUGGAUCGGCGUGAGCAUCGCCUGCAUCGUGGUGCUCAUCAUCCUGGUCCUGGUCGGCAUGACGGGCUGCAUCGCCGCGUGGUCGGGCGCGUGGCCUGGUGACCCUGCGCAGGACGGCAGCGUGGCUUUCUUCCUGCUGCUCGAGCAGCUCCCGGCCUGGGUUGUGGGCAUCGUGCUGGUCAUGGCCGUCUCCCUCUCGACGGCCUCGUUCGACUCUCUCCAGAGCGCCAUGGUCUCGUCCGCCGCCAACGACCUGUUCCGCAACCGUCUCAACAUCUGGGUCAUCCGCGCCGCCGUCGUCUGCAUCAUCGUGCCCACCGUGGUCAUCGCCCUCAAGGCCCCCUCCAUCCUGCAGAUCUAUCUCAUCUCCGACCUCCUCUCCGCCUCCACCAUCCCCGUCCUGUGCAUGGGCCUGUCCGAGAAGCUGUAUUGGUGGCGCGGCUUCGAGGUCGUCGUCGGCGGGCUGGGUGGUAUCCUGUGUGUCUUUAUCUUUGGUACCAUCUACUACGGCGAUGCCCAGCAGGGGGCCAGCCUCAUCCUGCUCGAGGCUGGGCUGUACGAGGGCGACUGGGGUGCCUUUGGGGCCUUCGUCGCUGCCCCCGUGGGUGGUCUGCUGUUUGGACUGGCUGCCUGUGCGGUGCGGAUCGGGUUUCAGUUCCUGUGGGCCAAGAAGACGGGGCGGCGGUUCGAUGCGCUCGACUGGCCAGCGGAGCUGCAGCAGCAGGAUGGUGACUCUAUCGCCGAGAGAGUGGAUAUCGUUCGUGACGUGAGCGAGACAACUUCGAAGCAGACUGGGAAGUUUUUCUAGAAAAUCGCCCACGGAGAGAUUAUGUAUGGGUGGCAACAGAAGGGGAGACACUACCAGGAGUUGUAGGUGGCUGGAACUAGGACGAACGCAUAGGUUAAAGGGGGAAAGAAGAGGUUAUAAAGUUAGGGGGUUACGAUAGUGCAUACAACUUUUCGAGUGUUGCUUGGGGUGAAAAGGGUUGUUUCAUUCCUAUUUCAUUUUGCCUUGAUUUUUUUUCUUCUCUUCUUUACUCUUUCCCCUCCUCCUUGGUCAUAACACUAUAUGUACACAGGGAGGAGUGUUCCUUGUCUCUUCCCAUCUCCCCAAGUAUUGCCCUGCCCUGCACACUAUGUUAUGUGCAAGAAUAUCUUGACAAGUUACUUGAUUAUAUACAAAUCAUGCUCAUCAUGCUCACAGUCCCUUCUUUGCAUCCAACUGGGCCUGUCUCUCCAGCAGCUUCGCCGCCGCCCGCGUGUCGCCCAAAGACUUCAAGAGCGCCAUCUCCUUGUGCAGGUCCUCCAGUGUGGUCUCCUUGAGCGUGCCGUAAAUCUGCCAGUCUCCCUCCGUCAGGCGCUUCUUAUCAACUGCGCGCCACAGCACCAGGUACUCGAGCAGGUCCAGUACCUUGCUGCCGACCUCCUUUCCCUUCGCAUCCAGCUCCGUCAGCUUCUGUUUGCUCUUGAUGCGCACCACGGCCUGCCGGAACGAGAUGGGGACGCCCACGUCCACCUCGGUCCACUUGUGGUCCAUGAUGCGCGGCCGUCCCGUCGUCGCGAGCCUCUCCCACCUGUAGCUUUUGCCCUUCGGCCGGGACUCCAUCGCGGCCAUCAGCGAGCGGUGCAGCUUAGGCACGCAUAUCUUGGCUAGGUUGACACGGGCCGUCGGACCACCGAUGGCUAGGCUCUGCGACAUUUCGGCGUGUAGGG